CCCGCGCUAGCGCUCGGCCUGCAUGCUGCUCUGAUUAUGGACAGAAUUUCCAUUCCUUUAGGAAUAUUCAUUGGCCUCCUCGCUUCUUUUGUUCAAUCUCUGGGACUCACAGUUCAACGCAAGAGUCAUGUUCUCAACCAACGUCUUCCGGAACACGAGCAGCGUCUAGAACAUCGAAGACCGCUCUGGAUAUUCGGCUUUGGCAUAUUCAUAUCCUCGAAUAUUCUUGGCUCUUUGGUUCAGAUCGCUUCUCUACCAGUUGUAAUCCUAGCACCCCUUGGAGCAGUCUCGCUUUUGUGGAAUGCUUUUUUUGCCAGGUUGAUCCUAGGCGAUGUUUUCUCCUCCUGGAUGAUUCUAGCAACGCUCUUCAUUGCCGGAGGAGCCGUACUCAUAGCUAUAUUUGGCAUCGUGCCAGAACCCACACGAUCUCUUGAAGAUUUAUUGGAACUCUUCCGAAGACCGACGUUCGUUGUAUAUUUCUCCCUGUUGGGCGCUGUGGUCUUUGUUAGCCUUGCAAUAACUCACCUGAACGAGUAUCGACUCAACCGCAGAAUCGCGCAGACGAUUACUCCGCUCUCCCAAUCGCCUACUGAUAUUACUCCUCCGAUGGCCCUGGAACCUCCUACGAAUCCUUCUGUCCUCAAUACCGGGAUGACAGACACUGUCACCGAUGCUAUAACAACCGAACGUACACCGCUUCUGGACUCCAAAUCUCGAGAUUCUUCGCGUACCCCAUCUUUCCUUUCGGUGAAUAACUAUACGACAAACUCACAGAUGCGCUCUAUCAAUCGCACUAGACUUAUGCUCGCCAUUUCCUAUGCAUCUUUCUCGGGCAUUAUUUCGGGCAUGUGCCUCCUCUUCGCUAAAAGUGGCGUUGAGCUUCUGCUAUUGACCGUCCAAGGUCACAAUCAGUUCUGGAGAUGGCAAUCGUGGAUAUUAGUCCUCAGUUUGAUCAUAUUUGCUUUACUGCAACUAUGGUAUUUGCAUAAAGGUUUAAUAUUAGCUGAUCCCACAUUAGUUUGCCCCUCUGCUUUCUGUUUCUACAAUCUAUCGUCGAUAGUGAAUGGCCUAGUCUAUUUCGAUCAAUUUUCUCUCAUAUCUCCCUUACAUCUCGGUCUGGUGGCUCUCGGAAUUGUCGUCCUUCUUAUUGGUGUUUGGGUCGUCAGUAUCCAAGCUGGUGGAGAAGGAACUUUGGACGUGCCAUGGGUGGAGGGGUGUGCUCUUGACGAAGAUCUGGCAGUGGAAUCCUUCGAGAAUGAAGACGUUCAAAGUCCAGGCGAAAUAGAAUCUGGUACAAAUGUGAAGUACGGCCGACAUGAAGGUCGCAGUCCGUCUAUGCAGUGGGGAACGCGGUCGGAGCCUACGAGGGGCAUCGCGCAAUCUCCAUUGGAUUUGGGAAGACCCAUGAGUCCUUCGUCGACCUCUUCUCGAUCACCAUUGUCUCCAGAAUCUUCCGAACACUCAUCUUCAAACAUUCGCUCGAGCCGUAGAAGGCCUACUACCGUCAUUGAUACCCGUCAUAUUCGAACACUAUCUAAUACCCAAUACCAUACACUAACUAAUAAUAGUAAUCAUCAACAUUCUCGACCUCCAUUAUCACCGACUCUUCCUACCGUCUCCACCCUUGCAGGAACGGGAUUCCAAAUUGGUCUCUCGCCGUUUUCUCCCGGUUUCUCCGUUAUGCCCCUGGAACAGAAAAGAAAGAUUAGCAGCCAUAUCGGGCCAGGCCUGCCUGCUAGCACUAGUGUUGCAAAUACAGGUACAGUAAGCAGCGGAGUGCGCCCUAUAGUCUAUGGGGCAAGACAGAAGGAGGGUGAUAGGCGAAGGACUGUGAGUGAGGGAGACAUCAAACAGCGCGCUAUGCCGUUGGAACGAGACAGAGAAGGUGAUGAAGUCCAUCACGACCUUCAAGGCGAGAGCGUAGAGGAAAGCGGUGAAGACAGCAAUGAAGUUGAUGUUACCGCCGUCGGAAAGGGUAAAGGAAAGGAUCCUGGGUUAAGAAGACCCUGGUGGAAGAGGAUUUCUAGAUUGUGACUUUUUUUGUAGUGAUCCCACGUGUCUGCUGUGCAUGAGCUAUUUUCUCAAUAUCGAUGUAUCAUCUUAUCCCCUUACGGGGCGAAUUGGUGUCACUGUCCUCUGUUGAGCUUCUUUUGAAUCUUUUCCCUAGCGCCACUGGGUAUUCGGACC